AUGUCAUUGCGGCUGUGCGGGGCAUCUCUCAUCGCCGCGCUGGCGGCGUUGUCUCUAAAAGGCUGCAGUGACGACAGCAACCCAGCCAAGGAGAAGGCCCACACCAUCACGCUGCGGAAUGGCGUAAAGAUGCCCAUCCUGGCAGCAGGAACUUGGCAGUACAACGACUCUGUGGCGGAGCAGGUGGUGGUAGAUGCGUUGAAUUCUGGGUUCUCGCACAUUGACACCGCGUACGACUACGACAACCAGGUCGGUGUGGGCAAAGGCCUCAAGCGGUCGGGCAAACCGCGCCAUUCCAUCUUCGUCACCACUAAGGUCCCAGGCUGCGGCAUCCAGAACAGCAGCGGCGUGAGCGUGGAUGUCUGCAAGACCCAGACAGUGGACAAGAUUGAGAUGGACCUGCAGCAGCUGAACUUGUCCUACCUGGACAUGGUGCUCAUCCACUUCCCUCCUUGCCCGGGCGAAGAUGGAACACAUAAAAGCCCUUCUGAGUCGUCAUGCUACGCGCCGAAAUCGGGGUGCACCCACCCACAAGCCUGCGAUCUCGUCCGGGCUCAGUGGGGCGUCCUCACCGACUACUAUCAGCAGAAGAAGAUCAAAGCCAUCGGCGUCUCGAACUACUGCCAAGCUUGCUUCCACUGCCUGGCCAAUGUCACGGAGAUGCCGAUGGUGAACCAGGUUCAGCUCCAUGUGGGCAUGGGUAGCAAUCCGCAGGGAUUCCUCAGCUUUGCCGAAGCGAACAAGGUGGUCCUUCAGGCCUACAGCCCUUUUGGCAGUGGUGGCCAUGGCUCCUCUGAGAUCCUUGCAGGCAACCUGACGACAUCCAUUGGCGCGAAGUACAAGAAGUCUGCAGCGCAGGUGGCACUGAAGUGGAUUGCAUCCCGCAACGUUGGCAUUGCGACAAAGUCUGCCAGCAAGGAGCACUUGAAGGCCAACGCAGACAUCUUCGAUUUCAAACUCAGCGAUGAGGACAUGGCCAGCUUGGACGCGGCGACCUUUGCGGCGGAGGACACGCCCUCUUUCCUCUGCAACGACCCGGCGCCGUCUGCGGCAGCGGUCCAGAGAGUUGUGGUGUGA